AUGUCCGGCUAUCCAGACUAUCCCCCGGGCCCCGGGCCCGGUUCCGGGGGCUACACCCCCUACGGCGGUCCACAGGACUACGCAGCCACCCCGCAGAGGUACGCCCGCGCCCUUCCCCGCCUCCUCGGGCGCCCGCAUGCCGUCUCGGGUUUCAAACGAAAACCGUCCUUCGCCCCUCCCCUCACCCCGUCACCGACCCCAACGCCGACUCCGUAUCGCAGCAACUUCGGCGCGCCCGGCGGCGGCUACGGCGGCCCGCCACCUGGCGGCCUCGGCGGUGGCGCUGAUGAGCUCCAUCCCGCCGAGUUCUUCGACGGCGGAGGCGAUCCCGACGUCAGGCCCGAGUACUUCGCCGGGAUGGAGGAGAUGCUCGUGUACUUCGAGGGCGUGACCGCGGCGGUCGUGAACUACUCGCCCGCGGACACGAACGCCAUCCGCAACGAGCUGCAGAUGCUCGGCGCGAGGGUGCGCGAGAGGUACACCCCGGACUGUACCCACCUCAUGACGCCGUACCAGCAGGGGCAGGACUACAAGCAGGCGGCGAUCGAUGGGAAGAUCGUCGUGUCCUACGCGUGGCUCGAGGAUUGCCUCACCGCGCGACGCGUGGUGCCGCACACGGACAAGGUGCUCUACCAGCCCAUCCGGGAUGAGAACGGCGUGCCGGGGAUGGAGCAGGCGGUCGUCUCCAUCGCGGGGUACAAGGGGCCCAUUCGCAACGACAUCCGCGAGCUGAUUGAGGCGGCUGGCGCCACGUUUAACCAAAACUUUACCAAAAAGACCACGCACCUCAUAUGCUACCGGGCCGAGUCCGAGGUGUACGCGAAGGCGCUGCUGUUCAAGCUGGAGGGGCAAAUGCUGGAGAUCGUGAACCACCGGUGGAUCGAGGACUCGGUUCGGAACUGGCGGCGCAUGCCGGAGGAGAGCGAGGUGUACCGAAAGUUGGGCGUCGAGGUGGACUUUGAGGAACGCCUCGACGCCGAGAAGAAGCUUCGCAUGGACGUCGAGGCUCAGCUCGAGGAGGAGGAACGAUCGCGUCGUAACCUGCAGGAGCUGCUCGAGGCUGAGGAGCGCGCGCGUCAGGAGAUGCAGCAGCAGCUGCUGGAGGAGGAGUCGCAGCGAAUAUCGCUCCGGACUCAGCUCGAAGGGGAGGGGCAGAACCGCGAGGCGCUGCAGCACCAGUUCAGCCGGAGCAGAUCCGACAUCGACUCGCUGCAGUCGCUGCUGCAGCAGAGCGAGGCGAGCCGCGCGAAGCAGGAGCAGCAGCUGCUCGCGGCGGAGGAGGAGCGCCGGUCCAUGAUGCGGCAGAUCGAGGACAUGCGGCGACAGCAAACCGCGCUGCAGUCGCAGUUCAGCCGCAGCCGACAGGACCUCCUCACGCAGCUCGAGGCGCGCCUGAACUCCAUCGAGCAGCUCAGGUCCGAGCUGGACAACGAGGCCAAGUCCCACGGCGACACCAACGAGAAGCUCGAGGCGGAGAAGCGCGCGCACAAGGAGACCCAGGAGAAGAUGGUGCAGGGUGAGAAGCAGGUGAAGCAGCUGCAGGACCAGCUCGCCGCCGAGGGCAGGGACAAGGCGGCGCUGCAAAAGCAGCUCGAAGCGGAGCGUAAGUCUCGCCUACACAUCCUCUCCGACUUUGAGUCCGAGCGCAAGCAGCGCGAGCACCUCAUCAAGCAGCUGGAGGCUGAGCAGAAGCUCCGGCAAUCUCUCCAAAAGGCGGUCAGCACCAAGGAGGAACUCAGGCUCAAGGCGGAGGAGGAGAUCGAGCGCCUGAACCAGGACAUCCAGGAGAUGAUGGACGAGAUCGACCGGCUGAAAACCUUCGAACCGCCCGAGAAGAUGGACGAGAACAGGGUCGCGGUCAAGCUCUUCCUCGAGGAGGACAUCAGGUUCCUCGAGCUGGACCCAGACGUGAGCUACGAAGAGCUCAUCAUCGCGGUGGGCAAGGUGUUCAUCGAGACGUACGUCAUCAAGUUCGAGGACGAAGAUAAGCACCACAUCACCCUCAAGACGUCCGAGGAUCUCAAGAUUGCCAUACGGCAGUACGAGAAGAACGAGUCGCAGUACCUGAAGCUGAUUUUGGAAAAGGCGGAAGAAGAAACGGAUCGGGGAUGA